UGUGUCUUGCGGCGUGGGGGCUGCGCAGGUUCCUGUACCUGGGGGAGAUGGGCGCCACGGGGACGCUGAUGGGCCUUACGCUGACGAUUACAUGCGCUGCGGAAGUGCCUGCCUUCCAGCUGCAAGACCGACUACUCGACAGCUGGGGCGUCCCUGCCGUACUGGAUCUGGUGCAGGCGGUGUACGUGGUACGGCUGGCGCUGUACGCUGCGCUGCCGUACGCGGGUAAUGUGAUGUGGGUCCUGCCGGUGGAGGUGCUGCACGGCAUUACCUUUGCAUGCGGCUGGGGCGCGGGAACCGUGAACUGCAAGCUGCUGGCACCUCCGGAGAUGGCGGCGACGCUGCAGGGAGCGUUCCAAGGUCUCUACUUUGGCUUGGGCUACGGGCUGGGGUCACUUGUGGGCGGUUGGCAGGGAACGAAGUUGGGUUGGCAGGAUGAUGAUGACGAUAACGGUGCCGACGAUGACGAUGAUGACGACGACGAUGAUGAUGACGCAUCAGAAGAGGCUCCGCCGCGGCGCAGGAAGGCUGCUGCGCCUGCUCGAACGCGGGCCAGGCGCAGCACUCGCAGUAGCAAGUCGUACAAGGACGAGUCAGAUGAGGAUGUAGACAUGAAUGACGACGACGACGAGGAGGAGGAGGAGGAGGAAGACGAUGACGACGACGAUGCCGGCGACGAUGAUGAGGAUGAUGAUGAGGAUGAGGAAGACGGCGGUGAUGAGGACGAUGAUGACGAGGAGGACUAUGCGCCGCGGAAGCGGCGGUCGCGGGCAAUGUCAGCUUCGGCAGCGGCGCGGCCUCGGCGGCAGGCGGCUCAGCAGGCGAAAGCACGGCUCAGGCAGGACAGCGUUGAGGAUGACGAUGAGGAGAUAGCGCGAGCUAUUGACCGGCAGAUUAACGGGUUGAGAGCUCGUCCACGCAGGGUGAGAGUGUGUGUGCUUACGCGCGUCGCCAAGGUGGUGUCGUACGCGGAGAGUGACGACGAUGAUGACGACGAUGAGGGCGGCGGCGGCGGCGGGGGUGGCCGUGGUGGCGGGCGGGGUGGAGGUGGCGGCAAGGCGAAGGAGGCUCUGUCGGCGUUUGAGGACCCCGACGAGGAUGAGGUGGAGGAUGAAAUUGACAAGGUCCUGGCGCACAGGGAGUCUGAGACGCUGUCCCCCGUGGCCGGUGACCCUUGGGCCAGUCGGGAGUUUUAUAUCAAGUGGAAGCGUUACAGCUACAUCCACUGCAGCUGGGACAGCCGGGCGGUUCUGGAGCAUCUGCGGGGCUACAAGCGGGUGCUCAUUUACAUCAAAAGGGUUGAUGAUGUCGAGGAGGGCCGUCGUGGAUUCAGUCGUGAGGAGCAGGAGAUGCAGGACGUGGAGAGGGAGAUGGAGGCGCAGCUCAACCAGCAACACAUGCAGGUUGAGCGGGUCCUGGCUGAGAAGCAGGCCUGUGUGUAUUGCUCUCCCCCGGACGAGAAGGAGGAUGAGGCGGAGGGGGCCCGGGGCAGUGUGGGGCCCCCCGGACAGCGACGUAGGGAGCUGGAGGCGGCGGAUGUGGAGAUGGUCAACGUCACCAAGUACCUGGUCAAAUGGGAGGGACUGCCGUACGCGGAAUGCACCUGGGAGACGGUCAAUGACGUCAUCAAAGCAGGCGGCAGCACCCAGAUCGAUUUGUACCUGCAACGGGAGCAGCGGCUGCUGGAGCCGGGUCGCUCUGUGGACGUGGCUCGCAAGCAGUUCAAGAUCAAGGGCACACGGGCCUUGGAGAAGCAGCCCGAGUACCUGAGAGGCGGCACUCUCCGCGACUACCAGAUGGAAAGCCUUAACUGGAUGAUCUACAGCUGGUCGGAGAACCGGAACAUCAUUCUGGCGGAUGAGAUGGGGCUGGGGAAGACAGUGCAGUGUGUGUCCUUCGUGGGCUACCUGGCUGAGGCGCUCCAGAUCCGCGGCCCCUUCCUGGUGGUGGUGCCGCUGUCCACCGUGCCCAACUGGAUACGGGAGUUCAGGCGCUGGGUGCCCUUUGUCAACGCGGUGGUGUACGUGGGGGACUCCCGGUCGCGGGAGGUGCUGCGAGCCUACGAGUGCGACCCGGCAUCCCAUCACAAGUCCAGUAGACCGCACAAGUUUGAGGUGCUGCUGACCACGUAUGAGCUUAUAUUGAAAGACGCGCAGAUAUUGUCCCGUAUUAAGUGGGCUUAUCUGCUGGUGGACGAGGCGCACCGACUUAAAAACGCCGAGUCGGCGCUGUACCAGGAGCUGAUGGAAUGGCAUUUCAAGAACAAACUGUUGGUGACGGGCACUCCCCUUCAGAACAGCCUCAAGGAGCUCUGGGCGCUGCUGCACUUCCUGGACCCGGACAAGUUCCCCACCUGCGAGCGAUUCGAGGCGGAAUAUUCGCUGGAGACGGCUGACAGCGUGUCGGGGUUGCAUGGCGUGUUGCGGCCCCACCUGCUUCGCCGUGUGAUCAAAGACGUGGAGAAGUCCCUGCCGCCCAAGAACGAGCGCAUCCUCAGAGUGGACAUGACGCCGCUGCAGAAGCAGUACUACAAGUGGAUUCUCACGCGGAACUUCAAGGAGCUCAACAAGGGUUCGUUGGGCUCCCACGGCGGCGGCCACGUGUCCCUCCUCAACAUCAUUGGCGAGCUCAAGAAGUGCUGCAACCACCCUUUUCUGUUCGAGUCCGCGGAGGAGAACUACCGGGGCUCGGAGGACGACAAGUCGGCGAUGGUCCGCGUGUUGGACAUCAUCAGCGACUACAUGCGGCACCGCGGGUUCACCCACCAGCGCCUGGACGGCUCCACCCCCGCAGCCGCCCGCCACGCGGCCAUGGAGCACUUCAACCGGCCGGAGUCACCCGACUUUGCCUUUCUGCUGUCCACUCGCGCCGGUGGUCUGGGCAUCAACCUGGCCACCGCCGACACCGUCAUCAUCUUUGACAGCGACUGGAACCCGCAGAACGACCUGCAGGCCAUGUCGCGAGCGCACCGCAUCGGACAAACUGAGACCGUCAACAUUUACCGCUUCGUGACCAGCGGCAGUGUGGAGGAGGACAUCCUGGAGCGAGCCAAACGUAAGAUGGUGUUGGACCACCUGGCGGGCGCGAGUGCCAAGCAGAUGUUUGGGAAGGACGAGUUGGCGGCCAUUCUGAGGUUUGGUGCGGAGGACCUCUUCAAGCAGGCCCCGGAGGACGACUCAAAUGCCGCUGAGCGAGUUCGUUCCGCGCUUUACGAAGACGACAUUGACGCCAUAUUGGAGCGUGCCGAGGUGGUGGACACCCGCGCCCUGGCGGCGGCAGGGGCGGAGGAGAACGCGGCGGCGGCGGCGGAGCUGCUGUCCUCCUUCAACGUGGCCACCUUCAAGAACGAGGAGGACGAUGCGGCGUUCUGGUCCAAGCUCAUUCCGCCUUCGGAGCGGCCCAAGGAGGAGGAGGAGGACCUGUUGCCUAGGUCGGCUCGCCGCGCGCUGGCGGCCGACUCGGACGAUGAUAACGGCGGUGGUGGUGGUGCUGGUGGCGGCGGGGCCGGCGGGCCGGGGGGAUUAGGUGGUCGUAGGGCGGGGGGAGGGGCCGGUGGCGGGGGGAGGGGGGGUCGUGGAGGUGGAGGGGCUCGUGGCGGCGGCGGCGGUCGCUCCAAGCCCGGAGCCGCUUCCGGUGGCUUGGAGCCGGGCCCGCCUGUGGACGGUGCUGCUCUGCGCGUGGACGAAUGGAUUGUGGAGGUGGAUAAGGAGGGGAUACCGCUGAUGAAGUUGCUUCAACAUCUCAACCCCCCUAGCCCAACUAACAAAGUAACGAACCAACCGGCCAACGAACCGCAGGAGGAUGGCAGUGAGCCUGAGUCGCGUAGCCUGAGUCGCCGGGACGCGGCCGCUUUUGUACGUGCCGUACGGCGGUACGGCCGUCGCGAGCGCCUUGCUGACGUGGCUUCCGAGGUUGGUCGCUCCCUUGAGGAGUCUAGCGCGGGUCAGCGGCUGUCGCUGUGGCACUCGCUGAUGGACGGGUGCAGGGCGGCGGUGCAGAGGACCACGGAGGAGCUCAAGGAGGAUGCCAAGGGGGUGCAGGACGCCAUUUUGGAUUUCUUUGGCGUGAGUGUGAAGGCCGCCGAGCUGCUCGCUGUGUGCUCCUGCUUGCGGCUGCUGGCUAAGAAGGUGGCGGCGGCCCGGGAGCCCGCGGUGCAGCACUUCCGACUGGACGCCACCAGCCAGCUGACUGUACCGAAAUGGGGGAAGACCAUCAACUGGACCAGCCGUGAGGACGCCCUGUUGCUGCUGGGGGUGCACUUGUACGGCAUGGGUCACUGGGAUCGCGUGGCGGCGGAUGAGGCGCUUCGACCCCACCUGGCGGAUAAGCUGGCGGGGGCGGUGGGCGGCGCGGCGGCGGCACGGGAGCGGGAGCGGGACGAUGCGGCGGCGGGAAAGGACGGCAUGGGCAUCGGCUUGCCGAAGGCUUCGCAUCUGGAGACCCGCGCUCUGGGGCUGCUCAGGAAGAUGCAUGCGGUACACAAGGCAGCCACUGCACCGCCCGUAAGGCGGCCAGCGGCUGGGGCAGCCGCAAGGAAAAAAGGAAUCGCAGCGGCGGCGGUGGCCGCAGCCGCCGGAGGCAGCGGCGGCGGCGGUGCCGGAGGCGCCCAGGCGCCCGUCCAUCCGCCGCCACCGCACGAUCGUGACGGCGGCCGAGCGGACGGCGCCACGGCGGCUGGAGUAGUGCCGGGACCUGUACGAGAACGGGAGCGGGAGCUUCCGCCCGCACUUGCGCCGCCGGCGGCAGCUGCGCCAGCAGCGGGUCGGGAUCCAUGUGCUGUCGGCGUGGUGAAUGGUGCCGCCGCCGCUAGCGCUCCGGGAGGGGCAGCAGCGGGGGGGGGUGCAGGGGGAGGAGCUGGAGGUCAUGCGGCCGGCGGCAAGCGGAAGGCCGGGGGAGGCAGCGUGGCCGCCGCCGACGCGGCUGCACCGGGCGGGGCAGCGGCGGCCGCGGGGCCGUCGGAGAAGCGGCCGCGAAUGGACGCCCGAGUGGGCGUAUCCGCGGAGCCCAAGGCGGUAACGACGGCGGCGAAUACGGCAGCGGCGGCGCCUGCUGCAGACGGACCCGUGGGUCGCGAGGAGCUCAAGACGCUCCUUGAGCCCGCCAUGUCCGAUAUCCGCAAGCUGCGGAAGCUGCAGGACGGGUCUAUUACGGACAAGUCUGUCAUUGUGCAGAACACCAAGCUCUAUCUGACGGCCAUCGGGGGCCACAUAGAGCGGGUCAUGUCGGUGAGGGGACCCAACGUGAGCAAGAAGCUGUGGGACCUAGCGGCCCGCAACAUUGGCAACGGCAAGACGGGUGCGGAGCUUCGGCAACUGCACACCCGCAUCCAGCAAUCCCAACAGCAGCAGCAGUCGGCCCAGCCACAGCCGCAGAAGCACCAGCAGCAGCAGAAGCCGCCACCUCCGCAUUCCGGGCAGGUUGAGCUGCGAUCGCCGCGGCAUGAGCGGGAGGCAGCGGCGGCAGCGACGCAAGGGGGACCCGGACUCAGGUCGCCGAAGCCGAAGCCGAAGGCGUCGCCGCCGGCGGUGCCGUCCGCUGCGCCGCCUCUGUCCCAAAGACCAUCGGCGUCUCGAUCCGUGGCCGUCAGUACGACACCAUUGCCGCCAUUGCCGCCGCUGUCUGGGACAGCAGCGGCAGCACAUCCAUCACCACCGCCGCCACCACAUCCGCCCCAGGGCUAUCAGGCAUCUCGGCGGCAUCCUUCGGAGCCGCUUGCAACUUCACACCAUGCAGUCGUGGCAGCAGCAGCAGCAGCAGUAGCACCCGCUGGGCCCACCAUGCACCAUCGGCAACACUCCGCCUCGCCGCCGGGGCCUGCAUCUCCUCUCAGCCCUCCGCCCCCAGCGCUCCCGCCGCCCAUGCCUCCACCAGCCGCGCCCCCGCCACCAGCGCCGCCGCCGCUGCCACCCAUGCCACCACCUGCACCGCCGCCGCCCUUGCCACUGCCCAUACCACCGCCCGCACCACCGCCUGGGGGGCCCCCACCGCUGCAUCCCUCGUACCACCCUCAUCUCCAUCGUCACCCUCACCAUCAUCACCAGCACCUCCAUGCUCAUCACCACAACUUCAACCACCUCCACCCGCCUACCUCGCGGGUGCCCCCGCCGCAGCUGCUGCUGCCAGGCGACAUGGCAAUACAGUUCCCCGGGCUGGGGUCAGGACUUAGUAGCCAGGCAGGGGAGCCUUCCAGCGGUGGGGACCUUUGUCACGUGUCGCCGCCUGGCCCAUGUUUUGGUGCCGGUGGCGGCGCUGUCUCACCCCCCGUGACCCGCUGGCCGCCGGAGUUGUCGCCGACCGCCAUUGCCGUGGCGGCACCAUCAGCAUCAACAGCAGUGGGGACAACGGCAGUGGCAGGCGUGGAUAUGCCGCAGGAGCUGGGGUUUCACACGUUGCCGCCGUCGCUGCCACCGCAGCAGCCGGCACCACAGCCACCACCGCCGCCACAGCAGCAGCAGCCGCAGAUCGCGUCGCCGCCUGGAUUACGGGAUGCCGUGGGCGGCAGCGGUGGGGAGUGUGGCGGGAUGGAGCUGUCGCCGCGGGACUGCCGUGGCGGCGGCGUUAGCGCUGGCGGCCAGCCCCCGCCGCCGCCGCAGCGCAACAGCGCUGAAGCCCCGGACACGCGUUGGGAUCGAGAUCCACGGGAUCCACGUGAUCGAGACAGGGGUAGGGAUCGAGAUCGGGAUCGAGAUCCACGGGAUGGUCGAGGAUCCGACCCCGGGCGAUCCGCCCACCACGAAGACCGGGAUCGAGAUCGCGGCGGCGGCAGCAGCGGUGGCGGCGGCGGCAACGGUGGUGGCGCACGAGAGUGGCGGGAACGGGAGCGGGAUCGUCGUACGAGCCGGAGCCGCAGCCGCGAACGGGAACGGGAACGAGAUUUUCGAUCUAGAGAGUACGACAGGGAUCGAGACGGGCGAGAUCCACCACGCGAUCGUCGUGAUCGUGACGUCAGAGAUCGCGACCGAGACCAACGUCGUGACCCACGGGACCGCGAUUGGGACCGUGACCGGGAUCGGGACCGAGAUACGGCCCGUGGGCGGGACAACCGCGACCACCGAGAGUUCGACCGCGACCGCGACCGUGGGCGGCCCCUUCGCGGCGCUCAUUAUGAGGACCGAGGCCGAGAUUAUGGCGGCGACCGCGCGCGCGACGUCCGUGACCGCAGCCGGGAGAGGGAGCGGGAGCGUCGGGACCGGAGUCGGAGUCGUAGCCGGGAUCGGAGAUGCCGCAGCCGCAGCCGAAGCAGGGGGCGGGAGCGCGGUCGAGGUGAGCGGGAGCGGGACCGAAUCAGGCGGAGCCGCAGUACCAGCAGGGAUCGGUUCGACCGGGAGCGGGAGCGGGAGAGAGACGAACCCGCGGGUCGAAGCGGUGGCGGCGGCGGCAAUGGACUGUCCCGAGGCGCUUCCUUUGGGCCCACUGGCGGCGGCGGUGGACAUGGCGGCUUGGCUGGUGGGGGUCCGGGCCUGCGCGGCGGCGGCGGCAGCAGUGGCGGCGCACUGGCGGCGGGGGCGCUGGCCUCUGGGCCGACUCCCCUCGGGGACAACGCUAGUGUACCGCCGGGCAGUCAUCUUGGGGGCGGCGGUGUGGCAGCUGCGCCUCUACCGCCACCUCAGACGUUGCCCCCACCGCCGCCACCCUCAUCUGCGGCCGCCCCACCCGGGCUGAGCUGA